CAUUCCAGUAAAUUCGUGUACAUUGUUGAGUCACUUGUGAACGUAAGGGAAGCCUUCAUUUCACAGACGAGAGAGCCACACCCGAAGUUCCCCGAAGUUCAUACUCGCUUUUUUUCCCCCCGUUCUAUCUCAGUAUCUUUAAUGUAGCUAUCCUAACUAAAUCAACCGUCCACGAUGUUUCAAAGUAUUAAUAAUGUAGCUAACCUAACCUAAAUGACCAUUAGGUAUCAUGAGUUACAAUGAACCAAAAAAAAAAAAAAAACGAAGAUGCACGAUCGGACGUUUGGCUCUCUAGUCCGUGAACGUACGCACGUGUCGCCGUGAGGGCCAAGUGGAAUGCGGGAAUCGCCAGUCCACGGGCUCUCGCAAGAGGACGCGGUUUGGCAACGCUGGGCGGAUCACGUGGCAGCGGUCACGUGAUCGAUGCCGCCCGACGCCUCGCAGUUGUUUCUCACCGUGCGGUCGCGAGGGUCGAGCAGCCCGCGAUCCCAGGUCUCCGAAGCACUCUUCUGCCCGCGGGUCCCGAGAUGAACAGCAGCGCGCGCCAUUUCCACCCCUGGCUGCCGUUGGUGGAGCCGGCCCAGGCGCUCGGUCUGCUACAGGACUGCGUGGUGCGCGCGGCGCUCGCCUCCUGGGUCUACCUGCUGGCGUCUUCGGCGCUCUUUCUGGCCGCACGCUGCCUGCUGCGGCCGCUCAGCUGGUGCCGGGACCUGAGCGAGGUGGGGUACAACUCGCUGGCCGACGGCGGCGCCUCGCGGGCCCAGCGGCGCGGCAAGAGCCGGCGGGAGCUGGUGCGGGAGGUUCGCCACCUGCGCAAGGUGGGCGCGCUGCCGCCCGUCUACCCCAACGGCUGGUUCGUGCUGCUCGAGUCCUGCGACCUGCUGCCCGGCCAGGCGAAGCACGUGCCCGCGCUCGGCGAGAACUUCGCGGUGUUCCGCACGGAGGCGGGCGAGGCGCACGUUCUGGAUGCCUACUGCCCGCACCUGGGCGCCAACAUGGGCGUGGGCGGUGCCGUGCGCGGGGACUGCAUACAGUGCCCCUUCCACGGCUGGGCCUUCAGCGGCGUGGACGGCCGGUGCAAGUCCGUGCCCUACAGCGACAAAGCACCAAGCUUUGCUCACGUGAAGAAGUGGAAGUCAGUCGAGAUGAAUUCCUUCAUAUUCGUGUGGUACCACGCAGAAGGUGUGGAUCCGACGUGGUGGCCCGAGCCCAAGCCAGAGAUAGAGGAGAAGAAGUGGGUGUACCGAGGUCGUAACGAGUUCAUCAUCAACGCACACAUUCAGGAGAUACCGGAGAACGGCGGGGACGUCGCCCACCUGACGACGGUGCACGGGCCCAGCAUCCUGAACGGCAGCGACCUGCGCUCCGACAGCCUGCUGUGGCAGUUCUCGUGCCACGAGUGGAUCGCGCGGUGGGACCCGGACGAGACCCCCGGCCGCGCCCACGUGGCCACCAUGCGCCUCAGGCACGAGAUACGCCUGUUCCAGAAGAUCGGCGUCCUGGGCAUGGACGUGCGCGCUCGCCAGAUUGGACCGGCGUACGUCGAGCUGGACUUCACGACCUCGGUAGGAAACAUGACUAUCCUCCAGUGCGUGACUCCGCUGGAGCCAAUGCUGCAGAAAGUAAUCCACCGACUGUACUGCCCGAGACACAUGUACCUGUACGCGACCAUUGCGCUGUGGGGCGAGAGCAUAAUGUUUGAGCGGGAUGUGAUGGUGUGGAACCACAAGACCUACAUCGAGAAGCCCCUGCUGGUGAAGGAGGACCGCAACAUAGCGAGACACCGGCGCUGGUUCAGCCAGUUUUACUCCGAGCACAGCCCUCGGUUCCAGUUCCGCCAGGAGUCGCUCGACUGGUGAUCACCUCCCGCGAGCUGCCACGUUCCGGCGCAACGCCAGCACUACCCGACGUGCACGUGACGGUGAACAUCACGUGCUGACACAGACACCGUUGCAUUGACGGGAUGUGAAAAUUAUCCUGUAAUUAAGUGCCACUUAUAGAGUUAAAAAGUUUAGUGAGCAAUGAGUAGUCAAGUCUGAUCUACAAUUUUCUCACAAAGGAGUAAUGUUUUUCACAUGUCCAUGUCAAUAGGGUGCUUGCCAAUUUUCUAACAACCCACCUGUAGCUUUUUUUGAAGCAGGCAAUUUAUUAAUUCCCACCCAUUUCUUACAUCACUUUAAUUAUUUUUUAUAGCAAAUGAAGUAAUUAAUAUGACCUCGGAAUAGUUAAACCUACUGAGACAAAAAUUCUCAGAUCCUGAAUAAAUACAUAAUUCUUUAUAAAAAUUUAGACAGUUGGAGCUGCAAUAUGUAGUAAUAUAUGAUUAUAUACUUAAGGAUUUUCACAAGUAUGCACUUUAUUGGUAUUUUAUACAUGCAUACUCUAAGUUUUAGAUAAAGAUGAUAAACAUGGAACAAUUUUAAACUGAAGUAAACAGGCUAAAGAGUCUUCCUUUUAACAGAAAGUGGUGCUGUUCUUUAUCACUGUCUACUUCGGUAGAAUUUUAAUAUAAACAUGUAAUAAUGAAAUAGGAACAAAUAGUUUGUAAGUAGUGGUCCCACAUAGUGGUUUUAAUAAUUUUUUUUAAACUUAAAAAUAAAAAAAAUUUGUUUUACACGUUUUGAUAAGUUUGUAAAAACCUAAGAAAUUAUCUGCAAAUAUGUAAAACUAGUUUGCUGAACUUUUCAUAGAUACUGAAUUUAAGCACCUUUUACUUAAUUUAGUCUUGGGUCAUAAUAUGUAUUUGAUAGAAAUGAAUCUAUCAAUGUGUAUGAUCCAACAUAAUUGUUUUUAAGUUUAUUUAUAGUAAUGCUAUAAAAUAUAAGACAAUUACUUUCAUUAGUUAUGGCACUGGAAUUUAUCCAUGUCUAAUCUAGUUAUGCAAAUCCCAAAACCAAAAUGAAGGUUUAAGGUAGAUAAUUUACCCAAACAUAAUACAGAAUAUUGCAAACAAAUAUAUGAACAAACCAAUAAAAAGUACAAAAAUUUCUGAGAAAUUUUUUAUUUAUUUAAUUGAAUCUAGUGUUGUAUUGUGUUUAUUUUUAUGAACAGUGUUUUAAAAUGUUAAAAUGUAAAUAUUAUUUCCAAUAUUUCUUGUCUCUAAUAUAAUACGAUAAUUGUGUUUUCAACACAAAAUAACUUUAAGUUCAAUCAAGGAUGGAUAGCAAUCAUUGCUUCAACAUAUGGUGCUGUUAAAUUUUAAUUGUAAUGUAUUUAGUAAGAUAAUGUAGUCAUUUUUUUAGAAUUUGUAAUUAGUUUAGUAAGUAACACCUGAAGUUAAGCAGUAAAAAUAUUUGAUAUAGUAUGUUGUAAAAUUUUUGCCAAGAUACUGGAAUAUAUUUCAUGUGAAAAAAUAAAAAGCAGUCCUAACUUUUGUACAUCAUGAAGUUAUAAAAUUAGAAACCAAGAAUCUCGCGCAUCUGUAAAUUCCAACUAACCAUUUGUAAAUUUGAAAUUACUGUAAAUUACGGAGAAUAUAUUAUCAAUUUAUAGAUCAAAUGUUAUAAUUUUUAACUAAUUAUGCAGGAUAAUUUCUUUAAAUGGUUUUAAAUAAAUUUUAUUUUGCCAAUAUCAAGAGUAAUAAAUAUUUUUGACACACACAAAAACACGUGUAGCGGCAUAUGGGUGUAGAGUGUGUGUGCGCGCGAGCGCGCGCAAUUCAGAAUCACACACACAACCUCCUCCACACAUGCAUGCGUGCGAGCGAGGCCACUGGCAUGCAUGCAUGCGAGCGAGCGAGGCCACUGGCAUGCAUGCGAGCGAGCCAGCCAAACUGGAAUGCAUUCCAGCGAGCGAGCCAGCCCACUGGGAUGUAUGUUCCGAGCCAGCCAGCCCAAUGGCAUGCAUGCGAGCCCACUGAGAUGAAUACGAGCCAGCCAGCCCACUGGGAUGCAUGCAUGCGAGAGAGCCCACUGGGAUGCAUUGAGCAAGCCAGCCAGCCCACUGGGAUGCAUGCAAGUGAGCGAGUCCACUGGGAUGCAUUCGAGUGAGCCAGCCAGCCCACUGGGAUGCAUGCGAGCGAGCUUGCCAGACCACUGGUAUGCAAUGCAUGCGAGCCAGCCCACUGGCAUGCAAUGCAUGCAUGCCUGCCAGCCCACUGGCAUGCAUGCGAGCGAGCUUGCCUACCCGCAUGCAUGCAUGCGAGCAAGCUUGCCAGCCCACUGGC